AGCAGGGAAACAGACAGCCAGCAAACACCAACACAAACCAACACACAAACGCAACAGCAAAAAGCACAAAAGAGAUUGAAAAGCGCCACCAUGGUGAUGACCUCGGUGGUAACGAUAGGAGGUUCUGGGGCGCAGCAAGAGCAAGAAAUACUGCGACAGUCAGUGGUAGAACCGUUGCUCCACAAUGAGCUUCGUGCGACGUCUUCCAUGUUUGAGCAGGAACCUGAGUUUCAAGCAGGAGCUCCCUUGUCUUCCUUGUGGAAAGCUAGAACGAUGCACCAACCAGAAAGUAGUUCCAGUACCAGUACCAGUCUCACUACUGACACAAAGCCACACCAAGAGAAACAACAGCAAGAUCAGAAUGACGAUGGCUGUGAGGAAAAUCAAAGAACGACUGUGAAACGACCGCAACAUCACCAGCAAGCAGAAUCCACCUCUUGUUCCUCCUGUGCGUCCUCUUCAUCCUGCCAAGAAGAGCAAGUUCUAGUAGCUUCAGCUUCAGCUUCUUUGUCAUCUCCUGAUGAAACAUGUUCACAUGAACGGCGAUACAAACCUCCACUAUCAGAGUCAAUACACGUAAUAGAAGACAAGACUGAAUCCACAGAUGCUUCUACGGCUUGUGCCGUGUCGCCACACUUGCCAGAAGCUUACAAUUCGAGUUGGAGUUCUCCAGUGAUAGUCGAGGAAUUGGACAGACAACAAGAGCAACAUCAUCAACAACAACAAGACGAGGAAAUACCGAGUGGUCCGUCGACACCUGAUGACGAUAGUGCACAACCAAUAGAAGAGGAAAGCCAGAAUCAUGACGAGACAAAAAUCCAGAGUUGUCGCGAGAUACCGGUAGAGGUGGAAAAUAUCGAUGCUUGUAACGGUGCCGAUCCGGAGGAUGCACAAGCACACUGCAUUAUUCGUGAGGCUGUCAGGCAAAGGACGAGCAGUAUAGACGACAGCAACACAUGUAGAACCAGCAACGACGAACAAGAUGCAGAACCAAGUCGCCCCACUGACGAACAACAACAACAACAACAACAACAACACACCACCCGGCCGCAGCAAGAAGAAAGCAUAGAAAUUUCGCAUUCAAACAGAACGACAACAACAACAACAACCAACGAAGAACCCGCUUCUCCAAAAAUUAGUCGACAAACAGAAAAGAAACUUGACUGGAGUUUUCUGAAAGAUGGAACGCUCUACGAUCGAGACAAAGAGAUCAAGGCUCUGCAAGAUGCUUUCCGUCGCCAGAUUCAGAGCGCGCCACCAGAUUCAACUUACGACAAUCCAGAAGAAGAAAGGCAACAAUCUCUUGUGCUGGUCUCGGGACACUCAGGGACCGGAAAAUCUGCAUUGGUCAGGAAUGCCUUGAAACCCUUGGUAAUCAACGAGAGGAAUGGUUGUUACCUCACUGGGAAAUUUGAUCAGCUCCAGCACAACAAAGAACCAUAUGCCCCCUUUGUCAAUGCCAUCAACGAUUAUGUUUACCACGUGCUCCACCAGCAAAAAGUCGAAAACAAAUACACCCACAUGUCCUCGCUUUCUUUUCUCGAAUCACUGCAAACAGAAAUACUCAGUGCCUUGAGGCCAGAAGGAUGCAAUAUUUUACUGCAGAUGAUCCCUGCCCUGGCUCAGAUUGUGCAGAUGAACGGGCAAGCCCCAAACAACCUACAAUUCAGUGGGACUGCAUCAGCGUUCGCCUUUGUCAAUGCCUUUGGAGGUGCGGGUGGAGCCAUAGGUCCUAUCACCAACACGCGGGAAGGCUCACAAGAUCGGCUCAAGAUUAUAUUUCGCCGGUUCUUGCGGGUGAUUUGCAAGCCGGAAAGGCCCUGUGUUCUAGUGCUGGACGAUCUUCAGUGGGCCGACUCGAGCUCUCUAGACUUGAUGGAAAGUCUCAUUUGUGACGGUCGCAAUAACAAUGGAUUGUUCCUGGUGGGAAUUUGUCGCAGCAACGAAAUUACAAUGGGGCACAACCUAGCCGCCUUGCUGCGUCGAUUAGAGGACCAGCGGAAUGUUCACAUUCACAAUAUUGUGGCACACAACCUAAGCUUCAACGCUACCAAUCAACUGAUCUGUGAUGUGCUCAAACAACCUUGGGAUAUUUGCCUUCCUUUGACGGAAAUUAUUCAUGAACAAGCUGACGAAGGAAAUGUGUUUCAUGUCGUCAACUACAUGAAGGCAUUGCAUGCUGACAAGGUGCUGAUUCAGGAUGUGGAGUAUGGAACAGGGGGGUGGUUAUGGGACGAGGAACGAUGGGAACGUCUCUUCAAUGACAACAAACCUAGAUCCAAACGGAGACGACCAAGACCCACGGGCAAGCAGCUACACGAGUCUCCUCCUCCCCAGCAGCAACAACAACAUACAUGCAAAUGUGGCGAUAUUGGUGUCUCUCCAAUGGAAGACUUGAUCCUUCGUCAGAUUCGCCGACUCCCACAGGAUGUACAGCUCUUUCUCCGCACUUGUGCGUGCAUUGGAACCGAGAUCGAUCUGUCCUUGGUGGAAAAGGUACUUGGAGAAGAGAUAUACCUUCCGAUGACAGUGAGGGUUGCCGUGGAAGAAGGGCUUUUGGUAGCGUUGGAUCGAUCGUGCAGCGGGGACAGUUCUGGACGCGAAACCAGCACUGCUCGAUGUUACAAGUGGGAGCACGAUUGCUUUCAAAGUGCUGCGUAUACAACGAUUCCAGAGGAAAAGAAAUCGGCUAUGCAUUUGUCGGUGGGUCGAAUGUUGUUCAAGAACAUGCCGUCAAUGGAAGACUUUUACGACCACAUCUUCGUGGUGGUCAAUCAAAUGAACCGCGGUAUGAUCCACAUCGAAGAUCAGGGUGAACGAGAUGGCCUCGCUGCACUGAAUCUUAAGGCUGGCAACCGUGCAGCCAUGUCCAGCGACUUUCAUUCUGCCAUUCGAUAUUUUGUUGUGGGAACGACUCUCCUCUCGCAGGGCCCGUUUCCGUGGUCACGACAGUACGAGCUCAGCUUGGAACUCCAUAGUGCGUUAGCUGAGGCCGAAUACUGCGUGGCGGACUAUGAAAUGAUGGAUAUUGCGAUUUUGGAAGUCUUGGCGAACGCUGUCGCUUUUCCUGACAUGAUAAGAACAUAUGCGACAAAAGUGUAUUCGCUUGGCGCACAAUUCCAUCUCCAGGAAGCGAUUGACCUGGGGCUCAAAGUGCUGGAACGCUGCGAUGAAGCAUUCUCCGACCCACUUCCUAGUCGCAAAAAAGCCUUGUCUUAUUUUCAACCACCCAUGAAAACCAAGCGAAAGCUGCGUUUCAAGACCAAGUCUCAGUUACUCUACAUGCCAGAUAUGUGCGACGAAGACAAGCUGGCUGCAAUGGGAAUCCUCAAUCUGCUGACCACAUAUUCACUGAUAGGAAGGCCAUCCUUGUUUCCCUACAUUGCCGCACGCCUCGUGAGACUCUCAUUGGACUACGGGUUGUGCGCAAUAUCGGCUCCUGGUUUUGCCUUCUUUGGUUUGUGGUGCUGUUCCAUUGGAGAUGUCAGCAGGGGUUACCGGUAUGGCACGUUAGCUCUAGAUAUAUUGGAAGAACGCUACCAAAACACCAUCUCGGAAUGGGUACCUAGAGUCUACUCGAUAUUUUACGGAUGGAUCGCUCCGUGGAAACAGUCGCUGCAAUCAACGUUUGAGCCAACACAACAUGCACAUCGAGUGGGUCUUGAGACAGGGGACAUUGAGUAUGCGAUGAUUGGUGCCCAUGUCUACGGAAUGAACGCUUUUUUUGCCGGCAUGCCGCUCAAUGAGCUGGAAGGGGAGAUGCGAAAGUUUGUUUCGUUGAUGAACCUGCACAAACAGGGCCCCUGGGCAGCAGCGACCUCUGUGCAACUUCAACUGAUUCACAACCUCAUGGGCAAGGCUGAAAACCCUUUGGUGCUGCGAGGAGAAAUCAUGACAGACGAAAAAGUGCGGGAAAUUGCCAGCUUGCAAAACAUGGAGAGUUAUGAGAUGUAUUUUGUUCAGGUAAUGGUCUGGAAUAUGUUGCUGGCUUACCACCUUGGCGAGAUACGGCAGGCGCUCGUGACUGCCAGGGAAUGCCGCGAAGCCAUCAAGAGUUUCGGUUCUUCUUUCCUUGUGGUUAUCCAGUAUUUCUACGAUGGCAUGAUCGCCUUGGCAGCCGCCGCAGACCCACACUUUGAAAAUUCCAAGAAGGAGCAUCUGUCCGUUGCCGCGAGAGCGAUUGGGAAGCUCAAGAAGAUAGCCAAACAGUGCCCUGAGAAUUGCCUGCAUAAGCUGUUUCUACUGCAGGCAGAUUUUGAAGCCGUGAAAGGCAGUAUCGACAAGGCCGUUGUUUUGUAUGGUAAAAGUAUCGCCAAGGCACACGAAAAUGGUUUCCUGCAGGAUGAAGCAUUGGCGCAAGAGAGGGCCGGUGUGGCGCUGUGGCACGAUUCUAACAAUCCCAGGUCAAAUCUCUACUUGAAUCGGGCGCUCGAAUUGUACUCAAAGUACGGCGCCGAGGCGAUUGUUGACCGUCUGCAUUGUCGUUAUUUUCGAUAAUAACGAUCAUCUUGAAGCUACAAGUAUAAACAUGUCACAUUUUUGUAAUGCUUCGACUAUUGCUGUGCGUGGUCUGACCUCGUCAGGGUAGCGUUCCAAAUGACCCUCUGCCAGCUGGAUCCAUCGACGCUGGCAAGCGUUGUCUUGGGUUGCCAAGAGCAGUGCUCAUCACCGGCCAAUCUCCAAUCAUCCCAUGACACUCUUCUUGACUCACCGGCUGGAGCAAUGACAUCCAUGGAUAUCUGCCAUGUGGAAGGGUAAUUGUUGGCUACAUACAUAUUGUAGUUUUCCAAACAGGAGCCCACAGUGACGUUUUGAUAAUUGUCAUCUUGCCAUUUCGUAUUUUUGACCAAUCCCAUAAAGGGCACCCUCGACACAACUAGUGACCACCGAUUGGGAUGAGCUCCAACAACACCCAUCUGAAGAUGCCAUUCCCAAUCAUCGACAUUCGUUACUUGAACGAGUGUGAAUGUUGUCUCUACAAGCUCCCCUGGUUUGACAGGAAUGAGUUUGCCAGUGGCAGCCUUGGGUUUCCAACAAGGUUUCCUUUUCACACUAGCGUUUUGAUCUGACGGUGCAACUUCCGAAGUAGUGUUGCAUGGCAGGGCAAAGAAGUAUUGAGCUCCAAUAUGCCAUUCAUCCAGGACCAGCCACUUUGGUUCAUAGUCGGGAUAGUUGGACGAAUUUGCAAGCACAUUUCUGACCAAUGAGAGUUAGAAGCAACGGCAACAUCAAACGUGAGGGGAAAGUAUGUACUGGUACCACAAUGUUUCUUGAAAAGCAGCUUUCUUCGUCUUCCCACGUACCCCAACAUGAGCUGCGGAACGAACUGAUUCAUAAAUCCUCCCUUUGGUUGUUGCCUCCAAAAGAUGUUGAAGUAAUCAUAGUAGGUCAUGGUCUGGCUAUUGUAGGACUUUGGUAGAGGUGGCACUCGAAAACGAGCAGUGAAGAGAACGCCUGGUUCAUGCCCAAGGGGAUAGUGAUCAUGGCUGGGUCCCACACAGAGAUGCGCCUCAUGGUUACACUCUUUCUUUCUGGCGUCAGAACUCUCAGACCAUUCUUUGGGUGAAGCAACCGUGAAUUCAUUCGAUUGACCCUGUGGACGCCGCAUCCCCAGCGGAGACGAGAGCCAUUGUGGCUUGUGCUCCUCUUCUGCACAUGCAAGCCAGGGCAUGCAAGACGUGGAGACUGCCAAAAGAACACAAACAAUAGAGAUCAUUGCCGACAUUGUCAUGUGGUCGUCAUUAGUCUUGUGUCGUCGUCUGGGGCAACAGUGA